AUGGAUACUCAGACUCCAUCAACAUCGUCUGAUAUGCCUCAUCUCAACGCAGACUUCGAUCCUGAUAUGGACAAAUUCCUCGACCUUGGCCAGAAUGCUGUCAACUCGUCUUCCACAUCGCCCGAUAUGAGGUCCAAGUCCCCUGCUGGACACAGCUCAGGUGGAAGCAGUUUCGGCGGUAGCCAGCCUCAACAAACAUUCUCCGGCCCGAGUUUCCAAUAUGAUUCUUACAAACAGCAGACUGGGUUGCCUGUUGGAGGACUAGCAAAUACUUUUGCACUCAACCAAGCCACUGGCAUGCAAUACAAUGGAUACGGCAAUGGCUUUAUCAUGCCAAUGGAGACUCUGAAUAUCCCAUUGACCAAUAUGGAUGAGUUCGACUUCGCGGCGUAUCCAUCGAUGGAUAUGGACCUCGAGGCAGACUCGCCUACAGAUAAUAUGUUUUACUCGUCUGCAUCGUCCGCUAAAGCAGGGUACAUCGACCCGAACGCUCUGCUUGGCCAGGACAAUGCCUCCUCAAGCAGUUCUGCUCCGGUACAGAGGAUGUAUCCUGGCAUGCACUCACAGCUAGCUGCUCAAGCCAAAGCCCAACAAGCACAGAAGCAGGGCGUGGUUGGUCAGCAGCCAAAGCAAAUGCCGCAAGGUCAACGCCCACUUUCCCAAAGCUCGAAAAUCCACCAUCCCAAAGACCCACAUGUUGAGGAAAGCAUCUCGCGGCUUCUCAAUCAGAUGAGGCAAAGCAGCGUCGCAUCGGUCGAUGAUGAUUGCUCUACCCCAACAGCCAAUCUGCCACAUCUUGCUAGGCUGAAGAAAGACGAGGACGAAAUGGACGAGGACGAGAGGCUUCUUGCCAGUGAAGAGGGCAAGAAGCUCAGCAGCAAAGAACGCCGCCAGCUGCGCAACAAGGUCUCUGCUCGUGCAUUCCGUUCACAAUAUAUCGGUCAACUUGAAGGUGAAGUUGCUAUGAAGGCACAGGAAGCCAAUGACCUUAAAGUUCAGAACCGUCAGCUCAUGGAGGAAAACACUCGUUUGACUGACCUCACCCGCAUGCUGCUUUCAUCUCAGGCAUUCUCGGGCUUUUUGAGCGAGCUGAGUGGCACUGCUCCACCAUCUUCCUCUAGCAAUCCGUCGCAAGGACAAUCCCGCCCGCAACCCCAACCCUCGCAAAAGGACGUUAAUCCACAUCAAGUCACUCGUCAAUUGGAGAACCAGCAACAACAGAUCGGCAUGGCCACAAUUCCUGAAAUACCCCUGGAUUUCUCUCUAGCAGACAAUACUUCCACUGCAUCAAGCUGGAAUACUGGCAUAAGUCUCAGCAACUUCCCCGUAUAUUCCCUAACCAGCUUACCUGAGGGACCUGUCCUCGACAUAGGAAAGCUAUCCGGAAAGGCAGACGACGAUCGGCCGGUCCAACCGCUCGAGUCCGUCAAACGCGACAUGCCCACUAUCGAAUACCCAACGUCCUCAUACGGAGGCAAGAAUGUCGCUCCACCCUCGUAUCCUACCCAUAGUCUACGUGACGUGGUACUGGAUAGAACAGCAUUUGAGCUUUAUGCUGAAGCACCGUCAAAUCGUUCAAAAGCAACCCAUACUGUGCCAUGUGUGGCUCAUCACAUGAUCAGCGCGACAACGGCUGACUCACAUCCUGACCACCUUAUUGGUGGAGUAGAUGCUGAGACUGCCACUACCUCAAGACUAGUUCUGAUGUGUUCUCGACUUGAUGCCAUCUCGGCACGCAUUGCAGCCGUCACUUCUCAUCUGACUUGA